AUGUCAGAGCUUCUCCAGCACCAGGCCCCUCUCACCACUGAGGAGCCACACAGUGGCAGUGAGAUUUCAGAGGAAUUUCUCAAUAGAAAAAGGCAUCACCAGUGGGGUGAAUAUGAAAAUGCUACCAGCCACAACCAGAAAGUUGUGCCUCAGAGUGUCUGCUCUGGAGAAGUGAAAAAUGAGUGUAACAAAUAUGGAAAAAUUUUUAGAGGAGUCUCUAACCUUAUUCGACAUAGGAAAGUUCACACUGGAGAAAAGCCAUAUGAGUGUAGUGAUUGUGGGAAGUCAUUCAGGCAAACCUCUGUUCUUAAUCUACACCAGAGAGUUCACACUGGGGAAAAGCCAUAUGUGUGUACUGAGUGUGGCAAGACUUUCAGUCAUAGGCACAGCAUCAUAAAGCACCAGAGAGUUCACAAAAGAGAAAAACCUUGUGAGUGUAGUGAAUGUGGAAAGUCCUUCAGACAAAGGCAUUCCCUCGCUGAACACCAGAAAGUUCACACAGGAGAAAAACCUUAUAAGUGUAGUGAAUGUGGAAAGUCCUUCAGACAAAGUUCUCACCUCACUGUACACCAGAGAGUUCACACAGGAGAAAAACCUUAUGCGUGUAGUGAAUGUGGAAAGUCCUUCAGACAAAGGAGUUCCUUCACUGAACACCAGAGAGUUCACACUGGAGAAAGACCUUAUGAGUGCAGUGAAUGUGGGAAAUCCUUCAGUCAUAGGCGUUGCUUCACUGAACACCAGAGAGUUCACACAGGAGAAAAACCUUAUGAGUGUAGUGAAUGUGGAAAGUCCUUCAGACAAAGGAGUGCCUUCACUGAACACCAGAGAGUUCACACAGGAGAAAAACCUUAUGAGUGUAGUGAAUGUGGAAAGUCCUUCAGACAAAGGCGUCCUCUCACUGAACAUCAGAGAGUUCACACAGGAGAAAAGCCUUAUGAGUGCAGUGAAUGUGGAAAGUCCUUCAGACAAAGGUGUCACCUCACUGAACACCAGAGAGUUCACUCUGGAGAAAAACCUUAUGAGUGCAUUGAAUGUGGGAAAUCAUUUAGAAGCAGUAGUCACCUUUUUUACCACAAGAUAGUUCACACAGGAGAAAGGCUCAUGCGUGUAAUGAAUGUGGGAAAUCUUUUCGCAGCAAACCUAGCCUCCUCAGGCACCUGAUUGUUCACAGUGGAGAAAAGCUUUAAAUGUGCACCGAAUACUUUCUUUUUCUCAUUGACAAUAACAACACUGAAGAGGUCUCUUUGAUACACAUUUAACUCAAUAUAAACGCAUUUUAUCACAACAUACACUCUGCUAGAUUCCUCAUAAAGUUUCAAGCACAAGUGGUGCUUUAAAUAACUGCAUUGCCCUUGCUAAGCUGCUCAGGCCUACUCCCCGAUGGAUAUCACUGGGAGUAUUUCUGGCUGAGGCGAUUUCACCUCCACCACCUGGCUCACCUGAACAGUGUGCGUCAGUCAGUCACAACCCCUGCGUGGUCAGGGAGAAUGCAUGUUGUGUUCUCACUUCUGCCUGAGGAAACUGGGAUUACUCCCAGCUCUUGGCAGGAUCUUCAUUCCUUUCUGACUAGGAAAUGGGAGUUGAUGGAGGGUUCACCCAGCACACCCGACCUCAGCUAAGGAGAGCUACCUCUUUCGGGCACAUCAUGGCUCUCAUAUUAUGCUGUGAUGAAGUGUUUCAGGUUCCAAUUCACCAACCUGCAAACCCAUUUAAUUUUCUAACACGCCUCUGGAUUAUGACCUUGUCGUAAAGGUGUUUUUGCUCAUGUGCCUUUCAUUUUGUUGGUCCCAUUCAUUGCGUGGCUUGAUUCGAAAGCACGGUUGGGAUCUGUCAGCAUGUACAGGUGAACAAAUAUUGUGGGAAUCCCACCCUUCUGUGCUGUGCUUCAGAAGGCCAAGACGGAGUCAGAACAUCACUUUGUCCACUAUUCACGUUUACUGCAGUGCUGCCCGAGACCUCGAACGGAAGACUGCAUGCCAUUGUGGAUCUCAUUCGCAGCCUGGUGUCUCCUAUGAUUGAGGUCCAGGGUCAUCCUACCGGUGGGGGCGGGGGGCUUUGUUGUCCUUCUGUGAACAAUGUGAAUUAUAUUCUCUGCUCACAGUAGGUAUUCCAUACCGCCAAGGUGCCCUGUGCCGUUAGGAAGGACAUUUCCUAGGCUGGUGUCGCUUGUAUUAAGACUCUGAGGGUUAGGUUGAACGACAGCGGGGUCAGAAACCCUGUAUUCCUAGUGAGUGGGAAAGGGUGCGGUGGGCUAAGUGAACAGCGCCUCUUCUGAACGUUACCACAAACGAUCGAGGACACGUGACUCGUGUGGUCGUUGUGUACAGGCGUUCUCAGUUCCUCCACCACUGCUUCCUGGGGCUGACGUCAUUUUUAGAGGAAACAGUCUAAAGAUCUGUGUCGUCCUCGGGCCCCUCUAGGGUGUUCACCUCAAGGUUUGCUCAACAGGCAGGACCUCAAAACUAGAGGAAGGAUGAGCCUGUGGUCAGCCCCAGGAUGAGGCUUUGUGACCCCGUCAGCAUUCCUGUCGGUUCCGAUGGCCGUGGUCUUCCCUGCUCACCAACAUGUGCUGCCACUGAGGCAAGGCUGGUGCUCCCAGGAAAUUAGGAGAGAGAUGGGAGAGCCCAUACAGGGUUGACAUUUUAAUUUUCUAACAGGACAGGGAUAUCUAGGCCUUUAUUUGGAAGCACAUUUUAAGGUUUGAUUUAGGUAUAUUUACAACUGACAUGCAACAAAAUGCACUUUUCUAACGUGUACUAUUUGGUGAGCUGGGACAUUUGGAUCAAGCUCUAAAAUGGUCACAUGUGAAAUAAACUUAUCUCUCUCCCAUAUACAGGUUAGGGCAAAACCAGGCAUAUAGAUGUGAAUAUGCAAAACACAGAGUUUUCUCUCUAUUUUUCUAAAUAAGUAUUUUAUAUAUUUAAAAAUAUUUUAACAGAUUUUCACAAAGAGGAGGAAAGAGAAAAAGAGAGAGAGGAAGCAUGAAAUGGUGAUAUUAGAAAAAAACAUCAAAACACCUGCCCCCUGCACGCCACCUACAGGGCAUCCAGGCAGGCAUGUGCCCUGAGCUGGAAUGGAACCUUUCCAUUGAGGGCAAGGGUGGUGCCCAACCCACUGAGGCACACUGGCCAGGGGAGAGUUUAUUCCUGUAUUUUUAUUUUUAAAUUAUUGUAGUGAUUUCCCUACCCACCGUUCUAAACCUACCUUUGCCACACCCUGUAUUUACCGCCUGCCCUUUUGUCUCUCUGCCUCCCCAGCCCUAACUGCAGUCAUUGAUUUUCCUUCCUUUACAAGAUUAGUUCAUAUUUUUCGUAAUUUCAUAAGUACUACAAGAAGUAUACUCUUUAACAAAUAUUGCUUUCUUUCAUGCUCCACCGUUAUUUUGAGAUUCAACACAAAUGCUUAUGUGAAUAGUUAAUUUUUUUUAUAGCAGAGGUGGAGAUUUAUUGAAGAACAAGGACAGACUCCCAUGGAGGGAGAGGGAAGAGUCCCACAGAAUGGACUGCCACCUGGGGAGGGGAGAAGGUGCCCAAUAGUUAUUAUUUUUGUCGCUGUGUCACACUGUGUCCUGGGAAUAAACACUCUAUCUGCUCA